UUCCACGGGGUAGGGCUAAGUAUUUCCUGGCUUGCUUUGUGCUGGGCUGCAGAAACGAUGUUUUUGCACUUGGCUUUGUGGGCGCGCUCUCGCGGUUUCAUUGAACAAAGCCCCUGCAAAACCCCUGGCUUAUGAAAUAUUUCCUCUCCAUUGGGCCCCAGACAAGAGAUGGCAUCUGCAGAGCCAGAAAAGGAAGCUCUUGCCUUAUAGAGAGAGCUCCCGGGGUGACACAAUGGCUGAUAUAAAGUGUCGGGGGAGCUGAGCCGAAGGCAGAGGAACAAAGGAAGAUCCAGAUUCAGUGGCGGCUUCAGGCAAAAGGGAAGCGAAAAGCGUCCCGGGGAUGGAUAAAUUCAAGGCUGCGCUUGUACUGGCCGGGGUAGGGGAUGCUCUUGGUUACCGAAAUUUCUCCCGACAAGACAAUGCUUUAGGUGCAAAAAUCCAGCAGGAGCUGAAGGAAAUUGGAGGGCUCGAGAACCUGGUGCUCUCUCCAGACAAAUGGCCAGUAAGUGACAACACUCUCAUGCACAUGGCUACAGCAGAGGCUGUCAUCACAGACUACUGGUGCCUGGAGGACCUGUACCGCGAGCUGGUGAGGCGCUACGUGGACGCGGUCGACAAGCUGUCGGGGAGGCGGCCAGACCCCGCGACCAUCGAGGGCUGCAGGGAACUGAAACCAGACAACUACCUGCUGGCCUGGCACACGCCGUUCAACGAAAAGGGGUCUGGAUUUGGAGCAUCUACAAAAGCCAUGUGCUUAGGGAUGAGAUACUGGAAGCCAGAAAGGCUCGAGUCACUUAUUGAAGUGAGCAUUGAGUGUGGACGAAUGACUCAUAACCACCCUACAGGCUUUCUAGGGUCCCUAUGUACAGCUCUCUUUGUGGCUUACGCAAUACAAGGGAAGCCCCUGGUGCAGUGGGGAAGAGAGAUGAUGAAAGUAGUGCCAAUGGCCGAGGAAUACUGCAAGAAGACCAUUCGCCACAUGGCAGAAUAUCAGGAACACUGGUUUUACUUUGAAGCCAAGUGGCAGUUUUACUUGGAGGAGAGAGAAAUCAAUGAGGAAAACCAGAACAAACCUGUCUUUCCGGACAACUAUGAUGCAGAGGAGAGAGAAAAGACCUACCGGAGGUGGAGCUCCGAGGGCCGGGGCGGGAGACGGGGCCACGACGCCCCCAUGAUCGCCUACGACGCCCUGCUGGGGUGCGGCGGGGACUGGACGGAGCUCUGCAACCGCUCCAUGUUCCACGGAGGAGAAAGCGCAGCGACUGGAUCUAUCGCGGGCUGCCUGUACGGGCUGGUGUACGGCCUGAGCAAGGUUCCCAAGGGCUUGUACCAGGACCUUGAGCAAAGGGAGAGGCUAGAGUACUUGGGAGAGAACCUUUACCGGCUGUCCACGCAGGAAAACACCAAACGCACAAACUCUUGUGGAGAUCAGAUGCUGGUAGACCCUUUGGUGCUGAAGAAGAAGCUCAAUAGGAUGGCAACAGAGCAAGGGGCCUUUGCUGUCCUCAGCAGCCUGCUGCUGUAUGUCACCGAGCUGGCAGCCUGCGACCCGCAGCUCAACAGCAAGAGGACCAAAUGGGCGGAAGGUAAAGAAAAUCAGGUGAGUUUUAAACAACCGUCUCCAGACACAAGCAGGGGGCAGUACCCUACCCGAUUUCAGCUCCUGCGGUCCCGGUUUCUAAACAACAAUCGCGAGCCUUACAUCAAGAAAAGAAGAGAAGUCGGCAGGCUGGUCAUCAAGGAGAGGCUGUGGGCGAACAGGGCUGGAAACAAGUUAGACAGAGGCAAGGAGAGGAGAGGAGAUGGGAAAGCAGCAGAAGAAGGUGAAGAGACAGCGCCCAGCGAGAGGGCCAGGUGGAGCGGCCAGGGUGGGAGAAACACAGUGAAGGACAUCUUGAAGAAAUUUCUGGCUGCCGAAGAGAAAGAAGCCAAGGAGAAGUCUCCCAGCUGGAAGAAGAAGGGGCCAAGCAGUGGCUUGCCAAAAAUAGUCAACAGGAGUUCGGUCCUCUCCAAGCUGAAGGAGCAGUUUGAACAGAGCUCCCUCUGUUCGGCAGCGGAGGUGAAAGCGUCGCUCUUGCGCAAAGGCGAGAAGAAGACUAAAAGCUUCCCCAGCAGAAAAGCUAUUCGUAAGCCUGAGGUCAGAGUGCUGCGCACGGCAGCGCUGGCAGCCACAGACAUAAAGAGCCCCGAGUCCCAAUAUUUGGUGUGCUCCAUGGUCCCGGUGCCCAGACUCAGCAUGGCUACUGAAAUUAACCAUCCUUGGAGCUGGUCGAAAAAUAACGCUGCGAAACAGCCUCUCGAUCGCAACACACCGCUGAAGGAAAAGGGAGACUCUGAGAGAAAGCCUGGUGAGAAGAAAACAGCAGCACAUGCAGCCCAGCACAGGGAGGACAAAGAGGAGAUACUGAUGGCACCCCAGGAGAUGCCUGAUGCCAAGGACAGUGCCGAGAUGAAAGUAGAUUCCACAAAGCAAGGAGCUGACUUUAGUCCUAAUCUAGAUGGCUCUUCUGCCAUCUGCAAAGAUAAAGCACUUGCAGAUUGCAUUCCUCCUGCAUCUGGGCAUAGCCUGGACUCCAACAGGAAUAAUUUAUCAGCUGGGCCUGGUACAUCUUCACCACCGGGGGCUACCAAUGCUGCCCAACAUGUUAAGGGCGAUGGUCCACCUUCUAACUCACCUUACUCUAGCAAAGCUGAAGGAUCCCCUGAACCAAGUCCUCAGGACACUAAAGCAGAUGAGAUUCCUGAAAUAGUAAUGUACUUAUCUUGUUCUGAGGAAGCUGACCCAGAGCUCACACAGCCAGAGAAGGAUCCUUUUUUUGCCAUGCAAAAAUGUAUCCCCAAGCAGAAAGCCCUGGAAAACACCCUGCCGUUUCUCUCUCCGAGAGUUCAAGCAUCUUUUGAAGCUGAGCCUGCGACGCAGGACCGACAGCUGACUCUUUUAACACCAGCUGCUGGUAAAAGGCCACCAGUAGCUCAAAAACAGGCACCAGGGUUAAGAGGCAGAUGUUCUGAGGAAGCCAAAGAAGGGGAGAAAUAUCACAGUGAAGACAAAAUGCACUCUACUUCUGGCAAAAAUUACACUGAUGUCCCAGCCAAAAAGGAACAGGAGAACGAAGCACCCCAGUGCCAAAUGCAAAAUGAACCCCAAAUCAGGCAGCCACAGCCACCUCAGAUGCCUGGCCCACAAAAUGAGUUUGGUAAUUCCGGUGCUGAAACGUCAAAUCCCGAUGCGAAUCAGACCAAACCUAUGUUCUCCUCAAAGGAGAGCCAGGAGCCUGGUGCUGCAGGAGAGCCCACCUCUUCUGACUGGGAAAAGAAACGAGGCCCUUUGCCAGACGAGUUUGUGAAACACAGACUGCACUUCGCAGAAGAGGAUUUGGGGAAGGGGCAGUUACCUUCAUCAAAUGAAAUGAUGAGUGAUGGAGACAGUCGAGGCCUGGGCAGGAGUACCUUGACGGACCUGGAGACCUGUCACAAGCUGUCCAAGUAUUUCCUUCACCGUGAAGAGACCACUGCAGACGAGAUGCCAUGGCCUGACUCUGAAACAGGGCUGUCAUCCUCAGAGAACCUUGAAACAAGACCAGCGAGUGGGGUUGCAGGACAAAGAAUCCACCACACUCUUGGAAAUCCCCCAGCCCCUCCACCUACUGAGCUGGUAAGAGCAGGAGCUGGCGGUGUGGAAGAUGAGCGUGGCAGUCACGGCUGUGAGAAGCAUCCACUGCCCUCUUCAGAUGAGCUGAUGAUGCAGGAGAACAAUACUGCAGCGGAGAAGAAAAAUGAAUGUGAUUUUAGGAACCAACUGCUGUCCCCAAAUCAUGAAACAGAAAAUGAAGAUGCUACAGCCGAAGAAACAAUUACACUCCAGGGCUUUGAUAAUUAUGUUUCACUUUCGACAAAGAAAACAGGAAAACAUGACAAAAAAACUGUGCUAGCAAGAAAGCCCCUAUUGCUCUUGGAGAGGAACCAAACACAAAUUCCAGAUGAUACCUUGAUGCAGGAAGAGAACCUGUUUCCUUCAUCAGCUGAACUGGUGUCAGGCCAAAAGAAGCAUGCAAAAGGUACUGAUAACGUCUCCAAAUAUAAAAAACAUAAGCCUCUGCCUUCAGAUGAUGCCAUGAAGCAUGGCAAUGAGAGCAUGGAGACAGAGGAGGGAGAAGAGAGAAGUGUCUUACGUAAAUUUCAGGAGGAACAAGUAUCAACACCAAGCGAUACGAUGGAUCGUGAUAACAACUCUUCAAAUGAGAGGAGUGCUCAUAGUCCUCAGGCACCUCAGCUACCUUCAUCAGAACGUGACGCUAACAUUCAAGGAGUGAAAAACACUGGGCAGGGCUUGAAGUGCCCAACACCUGCAAGAGAUAUGGUUAAACAUGAGCGUGAUAUGACAGUCGAUGAAAACAUCUGCUGCAAUAAUGAGAAACACCAACUGUCCCCGUCAAAUGAACCACUGAAACGUGCAGAUGACACUGCAGGGAAAAGAAACAUGAAGUUGAGCUUCAAGAAUUACUCAGCGCCGCCAAGAAAUACAGCAAGCAAUGACAAUAACACCACUGAUGAGGAGAAUACUUUUCAUGGCUUGAAAAAUGAGCCGGUGCAGCACAAAAAGAGUCAUGAAGGGGAGAGGAAUACUUCAUGUGAUCCUAAAAAUCAAAUACCAUCAUCAAGUCCUCUGGCGAAGCAAGACAAGAAAUCCUCCCCUCAGCAACAACCAUCACCUGCUGACUUCGUAAAGCCUGAAAAUAAGUCAGCUGAAAAAAAGACUAAACAUACCUCUGAGAAGCCCCAGUCACCUUCUUCAGACAAACUGGAGAAGCCUCAAGAAAGAAGUCCUUCAGCAGAGAGGAAGCAGAAGACACCAGCAGCAGAGGACAUCCCGUCACCCAAAACAAAGGCUGUAAAAGGGGACAAUGAGCACCAGCACCCAGGAAAGUAUCGGUUACCACGGUCGAGUAAAGCAGCAAAGCUUGAGAAAGAAACUCCAGGAGGAGAAAAACAGCAAACAAGGUCUGAGGAUUUUACAACGCCUGGUGCAAAUACUGCAAAAGAGAAGAACAAGUUUCCAAAUCUCAAGAAGUAUCGAUCGGUAUCUUCAGAAAUACCGGCUAAGCCUCAAGAAAAGGAUGCUCCAGAUCAAAAGCAAGAAACAUCAGCUGCUACAGGUUUUAAGAAGCCCGGUACUAAUGCUGUAAAAGAAAAAGAUGAAGAUAAAAAUUCUGAGGAGCCCCAGUCACCCUCUUCAAACAAAGGGAUGAAAUCCCAAGAAAAAACUACUUCAGGGAAGAGGAAGCAAAAGACACCAUCAGCAGAGGACAUCAGGCCACCUGAAACAAAGGCUGUAAAAGAGGAUGAUAAACACCAGUGUGGUGGGAACCAUCAGUUACCCCUUUCAAGUAAAUCUGCAAAGCCUGGGAAAAAUUCUCCAGGAUUGGGAAAACGAGAAACCGCAACUGAAAGUUUUAAAAAGCCUGAUGCAAAUGAUGUAAAAGAUAAAAGCAAAUAUCUAGGUUCUGGGAUGUGCCAGUCCCCAUCUUCAAACCUGCAGGUGAAGCCUGAAGAAAAGAAUGUCACAGCCAAAAAGAAGCAAUCGACACCACCAUCUGAUGAAAAAAUGAAGUAUAAAGCUGGUAGUCCAGAAAAGAGGAGUGGGGCCCUGAGAACAGAGAAAUACCAGCUACAGUCUUCAGAUAAGAAAGGGAAGAAGGACAAUGAUGAUUCAGGAAAAGAAGGGUCUGCGGGUGACCUCAAGAGCUCUCAAACUCCAUUGCCACGUGAUGGCAUAAAACGUAAAAGCAACACUGCCCCAAAAGACACUGCCCCAAAAGAAACUGCCCCAAAAGACACUGCCCCAAAAGACACUGUCCCAAAAGAGACCUGUUUGUCUAAUACAGAGAGAUCCCCCCAGUCAUCCCCAUUGCCUGAUGCAUCGAAAUAUGAUGGAAGUCCCGCUGAAAACAGAAGAAAACGGCCUGGAUUUAAGAAGUACCAAGCACUCUCAUCAAAUAAUUUGGUGAAGCAUGACAAAGACAUUGCUGAAAGGGAGGCUAGCUGGCAGGCAGCUGCUGUAACAAGCGACAGAACAGCAGAGCUGGAGGACUGCUCCAAAACAGCACCAUUCUCCAAGUACACAGUGGAAAGCUAUGGUGAAAGGCCCUUAGAUUCAUCUUUUAAGCCACUGAUCAUUAGGGUAACUGACACAUUUAAACAUCACAGCUAAAAAAUACUGCUACAGCUUAAGUAAGAACUUACAACUGAUCGUGCCACUGAGUCACUCAAUCUUUCUUUUUUUUUCUUUACUCUCCAGGGCAUUACAUUAUCAUUUUUUAAUCACAAGGACAUUGAUGUGCAUCUAUCCGAGCUGGGCUUUUUCCUUUCUUAACAUUAGCCCGAAGACAUGAAUUAAAUUAAUCACUGCAAGUGAAUUAGCUAAUCACUGAAUUAAUCAUCAGUUUAUAAAUUAAAUACGAGAAGGGCUUUGAGAUCAGUGUGAAUUCAGUCCUGCUCCAGACUCCCCUUGCUAACUAAUGGGUGUUGUUUGUAACAAAGACGACUGUUCAGGGUGAACUCUAUUUGUAUUUACUUAUUCUAAUGAAACUCUGCUCGCACAUUUUCCAGGAACGAUGGUAGGCAGUGUCAGCUUUAAUUAUGUCAAAAAGCGCUCGUUCCAGGCUCUGCCUUUUCACCAGUUAAUGGGAACUGUUGGUCUAUGGCUGCAUUGAGUGGCACUGCUAGCAGAAGGAGCGAGGGAAGGAAGGGCACGCUUCAUUUAUCCGCAGAAAAAUCCUCAAAGGACGUUGGUGUUACAAAAGCUCUUACCGUGAAUGCAAAUUUUCAGCCUUAUUAAUAUUGGAAAAAUAGUGAUUUAACCUCCUGUGAAGCUAUGGGUACUUUGGCCACAUACUGCAUGCGUUAUUGUUGGGGGGGACACGCCGUUUCAAGUUACUCUCAGUGAUCGCAGACGAAUGUGCAACAAGUGAGUGUGGAACAGCUCAGUGCUGAAAGGCUCUGAGGACUUCUCUGGGGGAUCAUGUCAGCAGGAGAGACUGAAAACCUUGCUGGGGGAGCUCAGCUCUUCUUGGGGUUUCUGUCUCAGCCUGGGUCAUGGGGCAUGGGGCACAGCCAGGCACUGCAGCUAGCACUGAAAGUCGUAGGAAGUGCUGAUUUUACAGCCUGAUGUGAAAAGGAGCAACACGAGGCAGCCAGCACCGCUGAACGCUGCUGAUGAGCCGUGGCUUUCUGUGUGUACCACAACAGCCGCUUCUGUGUAAAGCGUGCACGGGACAAAUUUUUUGGAGAAAUGAGGACGGGGCAGCUCCACACUCACUGGGCUCCUCUGCCCUCAGUGAACAGCAGACAGGCAGAGAGAUGUUACAGCCAAAAUCUGCCGUGCACCCCUUCAGCUUAGUGCUGUAAAUGAUGAAUUCAGGUAUUUAAAGGCACGGCCUAAAGAGUCGAUUCAUUUUUUUCCACAGCCACCCCCAUGCAGGUCUUGGCUCUGUGACACCAAAGGUGGGGCCACUCAAAAAUAAAUAAAUAAAUAGAUAAAUAAAUAAAUAAAUAAAUAAAUAAAAAGCCCAAUCUUUUCAGUGUCACUGAGCUUCAGAGCUGCCCAGGAGAGAGGACAAUCGUGGUCCUGCUCCUCAUGGCCCUGGCUCCCCUCAAGUGUUUCGGAUGUCCUCCUCCCGCAGCGUGCAGCCUGCUGGGUGCGGCCUGGCCACUGCUCCAGCCUGCUGGCAGGCCGCCCCGACCCGUGGCCAGCAAGGAGAGAGGAUGAGAGCAAGCUGGCAGCACGCUGGGAUCAAAUCCCUUUGCCAGAAUAACGCACAUGAGUCAUAUACGUGACAACUGGGUCGGCCUGGUCAGGGAUGCUGCCGGGAGGAAGAGGGGACAUGCACGCAGCGUCACCCCCUGGCUGCUGAAGAGGCUCGGGCUUUGGUUUCUUGUCCACCACAUGGCACGAGUUAGGCUUCCUGGCAUCUGCAGGCUCACAAAAUGAGGAGUGGAUUUGUAUACCACGCUGUGUCCUCAAAAAAAAAGACGCUGAAGGGAAUUUAUCGGUUGUACAACGCUGCCCUUCUGCACGGAGGUGUAUGUCACCCUUGCAGCUUUUAUGGGCUGGCAACCAUAAAGGCCACUUUGUACUAAACCUAAGCUGUAAUUUACUUUUUAUUGUCCAUGAUUUCAUUUCCCAUUGGAGAAAAGCCCUUACAACAUAAAGCGUUUGCACCAGACUUGAAUAGUAAAUCCUCUGCUAGCUGGCCUUUUAAAACAGCAGGCAGAUCUUGCUGGCAGAGGAGAAGCCGCUUUUAUUAUUCUUUUUCUAAUCUUUCAAAAGAAACUUAAAGGCUUUUUUUCCCCCCCCUCUUAUUCACAUCUGAAAGAUCACUGCCUUGUGACGAAUUAAAGGGUUCUGUCUAGCAGAAAAUUACCCACGUGUGCAGCAGGGGCCCCCCAGGAGAGUGAAUCGGUGGGUACCAGGGGGGCCUCAGCUCUUCCAUUUCACAACUGCAAUGCCUGGUUUUCUUGAUGGAUGCAGCACGAGGAGAAGAAGGUGCAACACCCUCUGUUUGGGCAGAGUCAUCUCCUGAGGGUUAACUGUUAGAUCACAGCAUGCCUUCUUCUCUGAUGGUAAGAGGUAAAUCAUCCAUUCGAGACUAUUGAGGGUUCCUCCCUGAAGUGCACUUCAGGCAUGAAGGAGAUUUGCACCGAAUGUGUCUUUGGGUGUAAUGCACAUCCCUGAGCGUCAGGAGUUAGCACAAUCAGUUCCUCAAGAGAGGAGGGAGCGAGGCCAUGCAAAUCUCAGCGGCAAUCACCAGAAGAGCACAGGCAACUAUCUGGAGUGCCUUGCAGUUAGCAGCUCAAAACAAGCCGCUCCUGACCACACUGAUGGGGAAUUCGGCACUGCUGAUAAGCAGAGACUCCAGAAGGGAGUAUUUAAGGAAGAGCAGGAGCACGGGGAGGAGGAUGUACAUCUACAUCAGCUGUGGCACAAACUGUGCAAAUCACCAGGCACCAACCAUGGUGAGACCCUUGCCCAGGCCACAUACACAACAGACAUCAAACAUUUCAUUUCCCGUUCCUGGCUCCAGUCCCUCAGAGCUUUUCCCAGCCUCCUUCACCCCAGGAGAGGCAGCAAGGGAGCCCUCCCAGGCUGCCAUUUCACUGCGUCUGACCCAGUACCAGACAUUGUUGCUGCCUCUGCUUCACUGAAAUACAGUGGCAGCCAGCAUCUCAAAAGGCAUCUAAAGGCACCAGAUCCAUAGCCCUCACUGAAUGAAGCAGGAUAUCACUAUUAUUACUAUUUUUGUCAGUUUUAGUUGUGAUUCCUUAAAGCCCUGGCUUUGUUAUAGAUGCAGUUGAUCAAACAAGUCUCCUAUGAGGAGAAGUUGAGGACAUCUGGGCUGUCCAGCCUGGAGAAGAGGAGGCUGAGGCAUGACCCCAUUGCUCUCUGCAAGUCCCGAGGAGGGAAAGAGCAGAGGGAGGUGCCGGACUCUGCUCCUCGGUCACCGAUGUCAGGGCGUGUGGAAAUGGCUCAAAGCUCUGCCAGGGAGGUUCAGGCUGGGCAUUAGGAAAAAAUCCUCUACCGUGAGGGUGGUCAAACCCUGGAACAGGCUUCCUAGUGAGGUGGUUGAUACCCCAUGCCUGUCAUUUGGAUAGCCCUCUGGAUGCAUCUCACUCUCCCUCCACCUCUCUUGUCUUUUUCAACUGAAAAGGAGCAUAAAAAUAAAUAAAUAAAUAAAAACAGCAUGAUUCUCAGCAGAAAGAGCCCUAGCCCUGAGGAGAGUAAUCCAGUCAAUGAACUCAGACUAAUGCUGAGGCACGAGGCACAACCCAGCCACCUCAAAAUUAGGAAACGUGUCAUUCAUUUUCUCCAGACAUCCGAAGAGGGAAGAAACAUUUGUCCCAGUAGUGCUGUUUCAUUCCACGUUGUUCAAAGGCAACAAAAGUCUAAUUACUGUGCACUUCAGGCUCUGACCUAUGAAAUCAUUUAGCGAUGUAUCAUCAUUUUGUACAAUUUCAUCUUAGGCAGUCUUUAAAACGUCGUGCAUGACAAAAAAAACGAGAGGCUAAGACCUAAAGCCGCAGGACUUAUCUCAGGUUUUCCCCGUUGUACUUUUUUUGGAUGGCAGUGGUGAUAGCAAUAGAAAUACUAAAAAUAACAUCAAGGAUUUCAUAUUAAAAUGCAGCACACCCCCCAUUUUAGCUUUUCUCCUGCCCACCUGCGGCCAGCCGGUAACAGCCCACGGGCAUUACUCGGUCCUGCGGUGCAGCAUCCUUCCCAGGCCGAGCUGCCACAGAUCACAUCUCUCGGCUGUAGAAAAGCUCCACCUAAUGGUUGGAUUUGUACAGCACGUUACGAGCAAGCACUGAUGAACACGGAGUAAAAACCACCCUGUGGUGGAAACAGCAGGGAAAUGUAGAGAACAAGUUCUCCUCUUAUUCCCAUUCCGGUAAGGACCGCACACCAUCCAAAAGGAGCUUUUCUGUGUGAACAGAGAAGCCUUAAAAAUAAUAACUGCGAAUCCUCAUAGCAUUUCCACUUAGCAUUUUGCUAAGGGAGAUUCCUGUUGCCUUUGAAAUAAGCACAGAAGUGUAACCGGCUCUUAGCAGAACCAAUUUUCACUACUUCACUCCCUAUGUGUUUUCCAAAAUGUGUAAUGUCCGCUAAGUUUUAUUUCUGUUUUUCAUUUCCACGAGCAUCUCUUUUUAGAGAAUGAAGCAUUUUUCGGUUUUUGAUGAGAACUUUCAACAUGUCAAUAUAUGGAAAAAAAUAAUCUUGCUGGGCAUCUGCUUUCCUGCCUACCAAGUGAUUUUUUUUCUUUUUAUUUUUAUACCAAAUAGCAAAAGAGUCAUUAGUUCUGUAUUUAACCUCUCACAAUCUGAAAGACCUGAGGCAGUUUUGGGAAUCGUUUCACAUCUUCUGUCACUGCCCUUGACUUGUCCCUGUUCAUUGCUUGUAUUGUGCCGAGCUGCAGGUGCAAGAACAACUUGGUGGCAUGGUGUGAUUCUCACUUGGCAAGCCAGCACUAUGGCAGGCUUUCCGGGGUGUGUGCAAUACAGUCGCAAAAGCAUACUGCUGAGAAGAUUAAGCCAUAAUAACUCAUAAUGCACUGAAAUGGUUAUCCUCAAAAAGCCCCCAGUUAGCUGUUAGGGACUGUGUUUUCAAGAGUGGCAAGUGACUUUGGGUGUCCAACGUCUUAUCAAGGGAUCUGAGUUUUUGGAAGAGCUCAGCACUUGCUCUCUUAAAAUCAUGCUUCUUCCAUAAAGUGUCUUAUGUGUGGCAGCCAAAGCCCCUUCUAAAACCUUGAGCCAGUUAUCCGAAAUAUACAGGAGCUUCAUAUGCACCUACUUGCCCUGUACUAACCAAAAAAAGGCUGUGAACAAAAGGCUUGGUGUGCAGGAACCGGUGAAUGCAGCCAGUACAAGUUGCUUUGACUGCGAGGAACUGUGACCACAACCCACAGACCACACAACUUCCUGACUUGCCGCACAGCAGAUGCAGCACCAGUCCCUCUGGCCCUUGCAGGGCACUGAGAAAGUUUUUAUAUGGCUGAGAUGCUUCCCAUCGCUGUGCUCCCCAGGGCUUCCGAAAAGUUUCAGAGAAAUAAAA